UGACGGGUAGGAUGCUGAGGAUUUCAUAAGCACUGUCAUUCCAUUCUCAUCAUCUCCUGACUGUGUGUCGCUUUCAGUGAGAAGCACACACCUCAACACUGCAAAGAACACCAGUGAUUCCACUGACUAGAUUCGUUUUGUAUCAGCAUCACCAGCUGUUUGCCUUAUCAAGAGCACCAUGAAACGUCUGGCAUGUCCGUUUCUGACCAAGAUCCCUGUCAACAACCUGAGACAGUUUCCCCAGCAACUCCUGAGCUAUGCCAACCGCUGUCCAGUGAUGAUCCACGCCUUCCAGUACUCCUCGGCCAGCAUGAUGACCACUGAGGUUGACGCCAAGGAAGCUGAGGUUGCCGGGACAACCAAGUGUCCUUUCCUGGCCAACGAGAUGAAGGUUCAGGAAGCCAGCCCAGCUGUCCAGAAGGACAUCAUCACCAUCAACAGAGAAGAUGAUGUCAACAACAUGGCUGCUGCCAAGGACAACUCCGGACUGAGCAGGAAUGUUGCAGACCAUGCUGCUGGAGAUAUGAAUGUGGAGAUGCAGGGGGAGACAACUGUGGAGAAGGACUCUGGUUACAGUGGAGUGCCAGGAUGGAGUCUAGGAGAGACCCUCAAGUUCCUGAGAGGGAAAGGGUCGGGGCCGCAUGGAGGUAAUCCCCCUGGAUUCUUCAACUAUGAAGCUUUCUUUGCCACUGAGGUUGACAAGAAGAAAAAGGAUCACUCGUACCGUAUCUUCAAGAAAGUGAUGCGGAACGCAGAUGCGUUUCCCUUUGCCCAGGAGCACUCAGACGGCAAGAAGGACAUCUCCGUGUGGUGCAGCAAUGACUAUCUAGGCAUGAGCUGGCAUCCUAACGUGUGCAAUGCUGUCAGGACAGCGCUGGAAAAGCAUGGGGCAGGUGCUGGCGGGACCAGGAACAUCUCUGGCAAUUCCCCACUACAUGAACGUCUUGAGCAACGUCUGGCUGAACUACACCAGAAAGAGGCUGGCCUCAUUUUCACCUCCUGCUAUGUGGCCAAUGACUCAACACUUUUUACUCUGCUCAAAGCACUUCCAGGUUGCCAUAUAUUCUCCGAUGCCGGUAACCAUGCGUCCAUGAUCGCAGGAAUCCGGACAAGUGGCGUCCCCAAGCACAUAUUCCGUCACAACGACCCUGACCAUCUCGCGGAGCUUCUCAAGAAAGUGGAUACCAGUGUCCCCAAAAUUGUUGCAUUUGAAACCGUGCAUUCCAUGGAUGGAUCCAUCAGUCCUCUGAAAGAACUGUGUGAUGUCGCCCACAAGUAUGGGGCCUUGACCUUCGUGGAUGAAGUGCAUGCAGUCGGUCUCUAUGGCGACCAUGGUGCUGGCGUGGCUGAGAGAGACGAGUGUCUUGACAAACUUGACAUCAUCUCAGGAACUCUUGGCAAGGCCUUUGGAAAUAUGGGUGGUUACAUCGUCGGCACCGCAAACACCAUCGACAUGGUUCGGAGUUACGCUGCAGGGUUCAUUUUCACCACUGCCCUACCUCCUACAACACUGUCAGGAGCUCUUGCUUCCAUCGAUGUGUUGGCGAGUGAUGAAGGCCGAGAGCUCCGAGCUCGUCAUCAAAGCAAUGUCUUGUAUCUGCGUGAGAAGUUAACUCAUGAAGGGAUCCCAGCCAUGCACAGCCCCAGUCAUAUAAUACCUAUCCAUGUGGGGGAUGCCCAGACCUGCACCAAGGUGUCCAAUGAGCUCAUCAACAAACACGGCAUCUACGUCCAAGCCAUCAACUACCCUACAGUCGCCCGUGGCACCGAGAGACUGCGUGUGGCCCCCACACCCCAUCACACUAGUAAAAUGAUGGACGUCUUUGUCGACAAUGUUGUUGAUGUCUGGAAAUCAAAUGGCCUUGACCUUUACAAACCUAUGUGCCCAAAGACUUGCGAGAGUUGUCGCAAGGCUUUGGACAUACAGGAAUUCUUUAAGCCAGAACCGCUUUGUUCCCGUUCCAACUGCACGUACACCUCCCUCCAGGCGGCGCUAGCAUAACUGCAGCCAAUCAGAGACAAGCAAACUAUUCAAAAGAUCAGUGAAUAAUUUGGAAACUAGAAUUGGUCAGCUAUUGAAAGAAAAUGUAAAGUUUUGAUAUAAAUGACAUUCGGUUAGUAACUGAGAAAUAUAAGGAAGAAAUUAAGAAAUGAUGCUUUAAAAUUUGAUUCGCAGUUCAAAAAACCAAAUUUCAUUUUUGAUUUAGAGAGCUGUUUUUUAUUGUAAAGCAGCAUCCAUAACAGAUAAACACUCAAACAGAAACUUGUGUUAGAAGUUUGGCUUGACUCGAGAGUUUUGUGUUUAUGAAAGGCGACAACCAUCAGAUCUAAAAUCCUGCCUCCGUAGCCAAAAGCUGAAAAGGGGACGCCAAAAGCAAUAAUGUCAUGUAUUUUUUAAAAAGAAACAGAUAAGUAAGAAACUGGUUCUCAGAUAAGGACAUUUAAAAGUAGUUGUUUUGAUAAGUAGCUUGAGUAGGUGUGAGAAAGUGUGAUACAAAAAGUACAAAAUUGUGUGUUGUUUUAGGCAUAGGAUAUUUGGGCUUUUUCGUAAAAAAUAAAUUCCAGAAUGUCAGAGAUUAGCUUGAAACAUUUGAUACUUAAGAACUAAAACUAUCAGUGUUAAUUCAGAAUCUGUUCUCAACUUAUGUUGAGAUUUUUUUAAAUGGUAUCUGUUGUCAUUUGACAUUCUUAUUACUAGCUGCUUUAUUAGUUUCAGUCAGAUUUAGUACUGCUUUCAGAACAACUGUCAAAUAUAUUUAUUUCCAGUUGCUUUAACCUAUGUUCAUCUGCUUCUUAGCAAACAACACUUUCUUCAUCUUAGUGUAUUAUUUGGUAUUUGGUAUUUAUAUUAUCAGUUGUAGACAAGCAUUAUUAUUGGGGUUCAUAUUGGUAAUUAGCCAUGACCGAUUUGAAAGGAAAUGUAAAAAACAAAUGAAGCUACUAAUGUUGAUAAAAGAUGUUUAACCCAAUUUCAUUCCUGUUUUGCAACUUUUUUCAUAAAUGUUUUUGAGAAAUAUCAGAAAAGUUGUUUUUGAACAAGAAAUCCAGGUACUGACAUAAAAUAAUGUUUAAUUCAAUUGAAGUUUGUGUCAGUGUUUUCAUGUAAAACAGUAAAUCUUCCUGUAUGUGAAAGACCGAAAAAUUCAGAAAUUACUUGGUCUGGCGAAUUAAUAUAAAUACUAUUUAUAUUGUAUAAUGGGACAUACAUGUAUAUGGUUGGGUAGGUGAUUGUUAUGGAAAUUAUAUUCUUUGAAGAUAACUCGUAGUUAUAGAAUCUAUUGGGUAGGCUUUGUAGCUGUAGAGAGAACUAGGUUAUAACUACAUACUUCUCUGUAUGCUAUUUUGGGUAUUUUCUUCGACCAUAAACUGCCUGAUUCUCUGACAUUCAUUUCUGACGGUUACACCUUGUCCUGGCAAAAGUAAACAUUCUUGGUUGUUUUAUUUCUAAUUUGUCAAGAAUUUAAUUCUCCUUUGAACUGAAUAGGUAAGAUGUGUAGAUUAGAAAAUAGGGUGAAUGUGAAAAUCAUUAAGGCGAUUGAGUUUAAAGUUUUUUGUCAAGUUAGAUUGAAUAUAUUGUUGUUCUAUCAGUAGUGUUACUGGUUUAAGUGUUAUUUUUUGGAAUGCAAAAACAACUUAUGAAUGUUUUUAGAUUAUGUAUUGUUCAGGAACUGACUGUUUAAUAUCUCUGGGUAUCGGAAACCUGGGAAUUUGAUACAAAAUAUCUCAUAAUCACAAUACACUCCUCCAAACAUCCAGGAUGACCAGUGAGGAAUACGUCUGGUGCAAAAUUUUUGAGAAUUAAUCAUUUUUAGCAAGGAAUAUUUUUUCAGAAACAGUUAAAUAAUAUUUUACCUGCCUCUUCCCCAUGUGAGGAAUAUGUCUGGUGUAGGAUAUUUGAGAAUUAAUUAUUUUUAGCAAGGAUAGUUUCUUCAGAGACAGCUUAAUACUUCUCUGCCUGCUUCCCCAUAAUAUGGAAUGGUUAGCCUCUCUGACUAAAACCAAAUAACCUCUGAAGCACUGACAAGGCAGUCAACAUUACCAUGGCGACAGGUACUACUGUAGGUUACCGUUGAAAAAAAUUAGUAAUUUACAGAUCCUUACAAAAUCCUUCUGUCCUGACUAAAAUAUUUUAAAAAUUGUAUUUGUGGGAAUUCGGAAAACUAUUUUAGAAUGAAAUGUUUUUGGAAAUGUUUAUAAGUUUGGCUUCUCUAUUUUGUCCAAUUUUGUACUCUAAUAUUGUGUUAAAAAAUAAACAAAACUUCUACAAAUCUGGUCUGUGAUCAGUGUUCACCAAAGUCUUAGGAAUUGUUCACGCCUGGAGGGAAAAUAGUUUGUGAAUUUACAAAUACGACAAACAUCUUUACUGUGGUGCAAUAUUCAUGAAAGAAUCGUCAUAUUGGUGCCGCGACUGUCAAUGAAUCGGUUUUACGUGCCGUCGGGAACAAACAUAUUUUACACAUUAUUCAUGAAGUAUCUGAUAUCUUUUUAAAAUGAUUGUUACGAAUUGAACUAUUUUCCAAACAUUUCAGUAUAUUUUGUGAUAUACUUUUGUCACAAUGUUCCAAAUGGGAAAUAGUCUAGUCUGUGAAUAGACGACAUUAAGGCUGUUAUUUGUUGUUGAGCUGAAAAUUUAUUUUCUUCAUAUUUUUAUCUCUGUUGAUGAAUUUAAGUGCUAGUUUCAGAACAUACACGACCACAUGCUUUAAAUACAAUGCCAACUGAUUUUACAGGGUGAAAUUAUUGUUGUUAUUGACACACUUCAAGUAACUCUUUAAGUACAUAUUGUAUGGUACCAUAUUACUUCAAACAACACUGAAUCGAAGAGUUGACAAUUGCCAGUAAGGAUUUACACUCAUUGAAGGAGAAAGAAGUUCAAUAUUAACUUGAAAUAUUGAUACAUGAAAAGUGUAAAAGAAUAUCUUGAAACCAAGAUGAACUACUAAACAGUGCAAAUUUUUAUGUACUGGUUACAUUAUUUAAUUUGAGUUUGAAGUUUGAACAAACACUGAAAACGGCUUUAAGGCAAGAUUCCAAAUGUUUUAUUUUGUUAAUAUAUGAUAUUUGUGAUAAUACAUCCAACAUAUUAUGAUCAGACAUGAUUUGUGCAAUGCAUCUUUCCUUCAGAGAGUCUACUAAGCAAGUGACAAUACAGGUUCGCAAACAUCUGGUGCCUUAUGCUUGAAACUGUGGCAAAUGUUCUCUGACCACUGCCAGCAUAUUUUUGAACGCCAAAUAUUAUACAACAUCCCAUAGGAUACGUGUUAUUUAUUAGUCUAUAUUGUUAGUUAUUGUUGAAUAACAAUAGUCUAUAUUGUUAGUUACUGUGUUCAUUGACAAAACAGAAAUAAAAUGACCAAGAUUAUAA